GUAAUGAAUGGUGGGAUCUUUGUGCUGGGCCUCAUGUUGAAUCUACUGGCAAUAUUGACAGGAAAGCUUUUGAACUUGAAUCUGUUGCUGGUGCUUACUGGAGAGGAGAUGUAAGCAAGCCAGUGCUCCAAAGGAUUUAUGGUACAGCAUGGGAGACUGAAGACCAAUUAAAAGCAUAUACUCAUUUCAAAGAGGAAGCUAAGCGAAGAGAUCACCGCCGACUUGGCCAAGAUCUUGAUCUCUUCUCUAUUCAGGAUGAAGCUGGUGGAGGUUUAGUAUUCUGGCAUCCUAAGGGAGCUAUUGUGAGGCACAUAAUAGAAUGUGCCUGGAAGAAGAUUCAUAUGGAACGUGGGUAUGAUCUGCUAUAUACUCCCCAUGUAGCUAAGGCAGAUCUAUGGAAGAUAAGCGGCCAUCUAGAUUUCUACAAGGAGAAUAUGUUUGAUCAAAUGGAGAUUGAGAACGAGAUUUAUCAGCUUCGACCAAUGAAUUGCCCAUACCAUAUUUUGGUUUACAAAAGGAAACUACACUCGUUCCGGGAUUUCCCAAUCAGGGUUGCAGAGCUGGGAACAGUGUACAGAUAUGAGUUGUCUGGGAGCUUACAUGGACUUUUCCGUGUAAGAGGCUUUACCCAGGACGAUGCACAUGUAUUUUGCUUGGAGGAUCAAAUUAAAGAUGAAAUAUUGGGUGUACUAGACCUUACAGAGGAAAUAUUGCAACAAUUUGGUUUUGCGAAGUAUGAGGUCAACCUUUCGACUAGGCCUGAGAAAGCUGUUGGAAAUGAUGAUAUAUGGAAAAAAGCAACUUCUGCACUUCAGGAUGCUUUGUCUGUCAAAGGGUGGAGCUAUCAGAUAGAUGAAGGAGGGGGUGCUUUUUAUGGUCCUAAGAUUGAUCUCAAAAUUGAAGAUGCUCUGGGAAGAAAGUGGCAAUGCUCCACCAUACAGGUGGACUUUAAUUUACCGGAAAGGUUUGAGAUGUCAUAUGUGGACACAGACCAAGAGAAGAAGCGCCCAAUCUUAAUCCACCGGGCAGUUCUUGGAUCUCUAGAGCGCUUUUUCGGCAUCCUAAUAGAGCAUUAUGCUGGCGAUUUUCCUUUAUGGCUUUCUCCAAUCCAAACUCGCCUUAUACCCGUGACUAACGCACAGCUUGAGUUUUGUAAGGAGACGGUGAAGAGAUUAAAGGCAAGUGGUAUUCGUGCUGAGCUCUGCAGCGGUGAGCGUUUGUCAAAACUGAUCAGAAAUGCAGAGAAGCAGAAGGUACCAUUGAUGGCUGUGAUAGGCCCGAAAGAAGUAGAAACCAACACUAUCACCGUCAGAUCAAGAUUUGGUGGUGAAUUGGGGACCAUGCAUGUCGAUGAUUUCAUAAGGAAAGCCAAUAAUGCAAUUGAAUGCAGAACAUUCAUUUGAAUUGCAUCCUUUAUUUUUAUUUUUUACUUCCCGGUAUCUAUGGAUUGUCGUGUAACUUGAAAUGGUGAAAUAAAGAAUCAGCAAAGCUUUGUUCGUGAUAACUUGCUUCUUGAACAAAUCCGUUUGUUUCUAAG